AUGGAAAGGAGAAUAAAUUGUAUUGUGGAGAUCGCUAAAACAAAUGAAGAAAAACGAGUAUUUGAUUUGAAUUUUAUCGAUAAUAAACGCUUUUCUAUUGAUGAUUGUAUACCACUGGCAUUUGGUGAUUUCAAUGCAGAUAAAGUUGUAGAUAUUUUUUGUCGAAAUACUGAAGGAAAUCAGAUUCAAGUGUAUCUUAAUGAUGACAAAAGUCCGGUAUCCAAAGAAAUAUUCAAAACUACAAUCCCAGGAAUAGUCUAUGAUGCCUUAGCGUCGGAUUUAGAUGGUGAUAGUCAGUUGGAUUUAUUCAUUUUAUAUAAGUCUGACGUAAAUCAGCAAUAUUUUUCCGGUGGAGUAUUAUGGGGCAACCGAAAAAUAUUGAGUGAAUUGCAAACAAUAUCCAUUACGUUUCAGAAUCAUCCAACUGUAUUUGACGCUAAUGGCGAUUCUUAUGUUGAUCUGUUAGGCAUGAUGAGUACACAAAAUAGCGAUUUUAAACUAACAAGUUUAUCAUUGCGUAAUCGAUCAGUAUCACCACAACAAUUACAAAAUAUUCAGGAAAAUUUAUUUAAGGACUCCACACAAGCAAUCGUGGAUAUGAAUCAUGAUCUUUCAGCUGAUUUAUUUCUGACUGUAGACAAUAGAAGUCGUCCAUUAUUUCGUGUUUUUCGAUUGCCAAUAACCGAUUUAUCAUUAAUGAUGGAAUAUGAAGCACCAGAUGCGGCUAUUUAUCAUCUUUCAACAUUCUCCGAUAUAGAUGGUGAUGGUGAACUUGAACAUUUAUUACCUCUUUGUAUAGAUAAAGAUUGUAGACAAAGUAAAAUUUAUGUUCGAGAUAAUAUGCAGUGGUAUCCAUUGCCAAUUAAUUUUAAUAAUUUCACUCGAUUUUUAUUGAAAUCAGAAUUACCACCUCCAUUUGAUACAACAGCAAUAAGCAUUAAAACGUCUGAUUACAAUUUAGACGGUUAUCCCGAUAUUGUUGUGGUGAUGAAGCAAGGUCAAACUAUGAAUGUUCCAAUCAUCUUAGAGAAUAAACCAUGCACUGAUAAAACGUUGUGCACAUAUAAUAGAACAUUUGUACCGCAAGUCGAUGAAACAAUGGUAUCAGCAGCCACAAAUACAGUUUUAGCUGUAUUUUUUGAUAUAUUAGAAAAUGGUUAUCCUGAUCUUCUUGUUCUUCAAACACAACAAAAGAGUUUCAACUUAAUUGGUUUUCAUAAUUCGCUACAGCAAGAUGUUUAUUUUCUCAAACCCUAUGGAAAUAAUCAACCCGGACCAUCGAUUAAAAUGGAAACAACUACGAUUUCAACAGGUUUUGCUGAUAAUUGGCAAAGACUGGCGGCUGUUCAAAUGGCACAAGCUGGUCAGUUUUCACUGGAACUACCGUAUGUAAUAUUUGGUUUAGGCUCUACGCCAAAUUUUGUUGAAAAGCUUACUGUUGGUUUGCCACCGAAUGAACAGCAGCGAAAAUUAGUUAGAACAUGGACACAAAUGAUACCAAAUUCGCAAGUUGUUGUAAUUCCAUCUCCUCUCCUGAAUCCAGAAAAAUGGCAUACUAAAUUGUUUAUUACACCAAGUCGAAUGAUUUUGCAUACAGGAAUUGCUUUGGGUGUCACAUUAAUUAUACUUGCUGUUGUGCUUGCAUGUUUACAAUAUCGUGAAAAGAUCGAAGAUGAUCGUGAAAGAAAAGUUCAAGCACAGGCAUUCCACUACGAUGCACUAUAA